GGGCGAGCGGCGCGGGCGGCCGGAGCGCGGCAGGCGGAGCGCCAGGCCGGCCAUGGCCACCACCAGCACCACGGGCUCCACCCUGCUGCAGCCCCUCAGCAACGCCGUGCAGCUGCCCAUCGACCAGGUCAACUUUGUCGUGUGCCAGCUCUUCGCCUUGCUAGCAGCCGUUUGGUUUCGAACUUACCUCCAUUCAAGCAAAACUAGCUGUUUUAUAAGACAUGUCGUUGCUACCCUUUUGGGCCUUUAUCUUGCACUUUUUUGCUUUGGAUGGUAUGCCUUACAUUUUCUCGUACAAAGUGGAAUUUCCUACUGUAUCAUGAUCAUCAUAGGAGUGGAGAACAUGCACAAAUAUUGUUUUGUGUUUGCUUUGGGAUACCUCACAGUGUGCCAAAUUACUAGAGUCUAUAUCUUUGAUUAUGGACAAUAUUCUGCUGAUUUUUCGGGCCCAAUGAUGAUAAUUACCCAGAAGAUCACUAGUUUGGCUUAUGAAAUUCAUGAUGGGAUGUUUCGAAAGGAUGAAGAACUGACUGCAUCACAGAGAGGUCUGGCUGUAAGACGCAUGCCAAGCCUCCUGGAGUACUUAAGUUACAACUGUAACUUCAUGGGCAUCCUGGCAGGCCCGCUCUGCUCCUACAAAGACUACAUUACUUUCAUCGAAGGCAGAUCGUACCACAUGACACGGUCAGGCGAAAACGGAAAAGAAGAAAUACAGAACGAGAGAGCAGAGCCAUCUCCAAAUGUUGCAGUUAUUCAGAAGCUCUUAGUCUGUGGACUUUCCUUACUAUUUCACUUGACCAUCUCUAACACCUUACCUGUGGAGUAUAACAUCGAUGAGAAUUUUCAAGCUACCGCUUCAUGGCCAACAAAAGUCAUCUAUCUUUACGUCUCUCUUCUGGCUGCCCGACCCAAAUACUAUUUUGCUUGGACAUUAGCGGAUGCUAUUAAUAAUGCUGCGGGCUUUGGUUUCAGAGGAUAUGAUGAAAAUGGAACGGCUCGUUGGGACUUAAUUUCCAACUUGAGAAUUCAGCAAAUAGAGAUGUCAACAAGUUUCAAGAUGUUUCUUGAUAAUUGGAAUAUUCAGACAGCUCUUUGGCUCAAAAGGGUGUGUUACGAACGAGCCUCCUUGAGUCCAACCAUCCAGACGUUCGUUCUGUCCGCCAUCUGGCACGGGGUUUACCCGGGGUAUUACCUGACGUUUCUCACGGGAGUGGUGAUGACACUGGCAGCACGAGCCAUGAGAAAUAACUUUAGACAUUAUUUCAUCAAACCUCCCCAGCUUAAAUUAUUGUAUGAUGUUAUAACGUGGAUAGUGACUCAAAUAGCAAUAAGUUACACAGUUGUGCCAUUUGUACUUCUAUCUGUAAAACCGUCAUUCAUGUUUUACAGCUCCUGGUAUUACGGCCUGCACAUUGCUGGUAUCUUAGUAUUAUUGUUGUUGCCGGUGAAAAAAACUCAAAGAGGAAAGAAUACACAGGAAAAUGUUCAGCUGGCACGAUCCAAAAAGUUUGAUGAAAGAGAAAAUUCCUUGGGACAGAAUAGUUUUUCCACAACAAACAAUGUUUGCAAUCAGAAUCAAGAAAUAGCCUCUAGACAUUCAUCAUUAAAACAGUGAAGGGGAAAAUAUGCUGACGGCUAUUUUUUCUAUGUUAACAGAAACCACUCUUAGCACCUUUCAAGGGAUUUGUGUUUGUUUGAAAAGAGAUUAAGUGGGGGGACAUCUGACAGAUCUAGGUAGGGAAUUUCCUGUAUAGCAGAUUGGAAACGGAGUGAAUAACCCCUCCCAGGCCAUGUCCCUGUGGGCCACGCCUUAUAUAAAAAUAUUUCCAUUAUUUCAAUGGGCACUCAGGACCUCAGCAUAUGUCCACACGGUCAUAUGUGUGCCCUGUUGCUGAAUGUAUGUUGCGUAUCCCAAGGCACCGAAGAGGUGGACAGGUAAUUGUGUCAAUCUGGAUGAUUGAGAGAAAUUAACUUUUCCAAAUGAAUGUCUUGCCUUAAACCCUCUAUUUCCUGAAAUAUCGUUCCUAAAUGGUAUUUUCAAGUGUAAUAUUGUGAGAACACUGUUUCAAUAUUUGAUGUUAUAUGCUGUAAAGGAAUUCUGGAGGAAUUUUGAAACAGGAUAUUUAAGAUGUGGAUACUUUAAAAAUGCAAUAAACAUCUCAGUAUUGGAAGGGUUUUCUUAAAGUAUCUCAGAUGACUACAGUAUGUAGCGAAACCGCAAACAGGACCGGAUGCCAAAUUAUACGUAGCUUAUUUUCCUGGAGAAUUUAAUUACUUUGUGUCAGUCAGAGCCCGUCAAGGAAGAAUUUCUUCAACACAAUUAAAGGUGGGUAAUGGGAUAUUUUAAGUUUAUUUUCUUAAAAAAAAAAAAAAAGGCAAGAGAAGAUGACAAGGGAAGGAAGGAAGGCAUGAAUGAAGGAGGCCCCACGAGGACUGGCGUAGAGCCUGCUGGGAUGGGGCACAGGUGCACCGUGUAGGUACCACGUGCUCCGCAGACGUGCUUUUCACCUUUACUUAUCUGAGUUCUUUGUGAUUAUGUAAGACAUCGAAAUGUAAUAACUUUUUAAUGUGGUGGACUUUGAAAUGAAAUUUAUCAAGCAUAAAUUAUAUAGGAUUGUUAGAGGGAUCCUGAAAACAAUAGUGGUGGAUUGUGUGAGGGUUAUGGAAGAGAAAUCACUGAGUAAGGUGACUGUCUAGUCACUUUCUUAUCCUUAACAGCUUACUUCCUAUUUGGGAAAGUUUUAGGGAGAUGAAAGCUUAAAGUUGUGGGGUCUGGCCCACAUUUUUAGAAAAUAAAAUAAAUCAGUUUCCAGACUCUUAAAUUCUUACAUUAAAAUGUUGCUCUUCGCUCUUUUUAAUGAGUUUUAGGUUCUGUAAGUAGAAGAGUAUGCUUUUAUCUUACAGGCCAUUUUCCCCAUAAUUGAUCUCACCUUGAAUUACUAGAUGUCUCCUUUAAUGCCACAGUCUGGUGACGGGCGUGGUAAGCUGAAAGCAGAGGAGGGGACUGCGAGACCAUCCUGGAGUGUAGGGCUUCGGCUACAGAUAGUGAAUCACGGGAUCAUGGGGUUUGAGAGAAGAGCAGGGGACACGGGCCUUCUGACUUCACCUUUAUUUGACCAGUCUUUGAUUUGACUUCACCUUUAUUUGGCCAGUUCAUUUCCUUUCUGCCUUACAUUUUUAAUGCAAUGCAAAUUGGUUAGGUGUGGUGUGUGUUUUAUUUUUGUCGUUAGUAAGUUUGUAAGUGAAGUUAAAGCAGAACCCCUAUCUGGCUUGAGCUGCGCAGUAUUUCAUUUAAAGAGAAACAGCAAGCGUCCUUGGAACUGGUGAGGUCUCAGUCAGCAAAAACAUCAGCGUAUCUUUUUAGAACUUUAGAAAUAUCCUGGUCUUUGUUUAUAGCAAAUGUGGUUGUUUUUCUAAAGGUAAGAUUUUUCCACCUGCUGAGGUCAGCCAUACCCUGCUACUUACUUCCCAGGAAAGGACAGAUAGCUAAAUAAAUUUUCUCUGUUUUCCCAUGCAUUGAAAUUAAGCUAGCUGUGUCACGUGAGACGAUGGAAAAGAAUAAUCAUGGAAAAUAUCUGCCCCCGAAAGGUCUCCUUAGUUUAAUUACUGCUGCAGAGAAUCUGAUCACUAUUUUUCAAAAGUAAACAAAUUCAGGGUUUAAAGGACAAGUCUAGGCAUGUCAUAAAUGAAAAUAAGAGAGCUUAAUAAAACUUUUUUUCAGCCCACCUCCAGCCAUUAAUAAAUAAUAACUGUUUAUUUUUAUCACCUAUGUCAUUUCUCUGCCUGUAAACCUAAAAUCAUUGUUACCUGUUUCUUGUUCAAUGAAUGUCCUCAUGGUGUUGCCAUCCAGGAAGCAAGAUGAUUGAAUACUUUUCCAAUUACUUUGAAGAUGAUACAUUAUCUAUACAGAUUGACUGAUUUUCAUCCCUUUGGAUCAACUAGUUUUUUGGUUUUUGUAUGAAAUGGUUUUAGGAUAGCUUUUCUCUAAUUUUGUAGAAAUUCUCAUAAGUAUGUAAUCUAGAAAAACUAAAGAAAUCUAAUUCUCGACUUUUCUUCUCAAGAAGAAACACUUUGUGCUGUGUGAAAUGACUGUAUCUACUUGGAGUGUUGUAAGGAUUAAUACUUCUACUUGAAGUGGAAACUGGUAUAUCUCUACUACUGUUAAGUAUAAAGGGAUUCAUUGUACUAUGUGCUUGCUUCUUUUUUAAUCAACACAGUAAGAUUCAGUCCAUAUUUAUAUUAUUUCUCCACUCUUCAGUUGUCAUGAAACUACUCCAGAGAUGAUCGGUGAACAUCAUUAUUAUACUACUCAGGGAAAAAAAAAAAAAGGGGAACAAAAACAUUAUUCUUCCCUCAAUUUCAUUUUCUUGAAACAGUAACAGUUAAUUUGAUGUAUCUCAGUGAUCACCAUUUUACAAGUAGCUUACUCUCAGUUUUAAAAAUGAGCAUUUUUAUUGGAACUCAGGGUAAUUGGAGAAAUGUAUGCAGCUUCUAAAACAUCCAGCAUAGUAGAGAAGGUUUUCUUUGGCUUCAACAAUGUCCAGCCACCACUUUCGCCACCACCAUACUUUUGGUUAAGAAGUGUUUGUGUUAUUGACCCCUGCCGUGUGUGACAGGCAUAUGCAGGAUUUCCAUAGAUAACAGUUUUCAGGAAACUUUGCAGUACAAAGAGUGGUUCUUUUUUAAAGAGUGAAGGUAACGCACAUGGAAACACUGAUUGUCCUGGGAGAUCUGUUCAUCUGGCUCUGUUAUUAAGGAACCUUAGGAUCUGGGCAAGUUGCCUGUCCUCUGGAUCAGAGUUUCUUAAUAAGAAAUUAAAGGAUCAGUUCUAAAAGUUUAUGACCAGUCGAUUUGUAAUGAAUGGAAGCCAUUAGCAAGAUGUGUAGGAGUCACGGACAAAGGCAGAUUCACAAUCAGAACUAUUGUCAUGGUCAUUUACUUUUAUUACUUGAGCAGCUCCAAGCCCAGACUUUUCAAAAGGUUUUCUUGGCAACCGAGGAAAAUCUUUCAAUCCCUUAAAUCAGAAGGCGUGGCAGCAUAACCUUUCUACUGAAUAUAGCCCUUCACAUGAAUCCUUGAUCAUGAAAUAGUCUCUAGUGAAGGAAACAGAUCUUCCUUUUGCUUUCUCUGCUUGUUUGUUCAUUUGUGCCGUGUGAAAUUGAAGGUGAUCUGUCCUAGAAUGUGUCAGUGCAGCCCACCAAGUUUACUGGACAGGGUUUACCACUUUAAACUACAGAAGACAUGUUAAAACUCGGCCGUGAAAAUAAUGACAAAAUUUAUACUUUUAUUCAAGGACUAGAUUGUGUUUAGGACAAAAAAAGUCUUUCCUAUUUAAAAUUCAUGCCCUGUAAAUUUUAGUUUGUAUAUUCACAAUCCACUUGGGCACUUAACACUUUUUUGUUUCCUUAUUAUAAACUUCAAAAUCAUUACUUACUUGAUGUUAAGGGUUCUCCGUUAAAACUGAAAGAAAAAAUUACUUGAGAGAAUAGUUGUUUCAGAAUGGUGCCUGCUGUUGCGUCAAUGGAGGACUUGUCCGGAGUUUUACAUCUAAACCGGUAUUUGAUGGAGUUUCGUUCACCCACUGGUGGUCUAUCCUGGCUGAAAUUGAGUACAUCAGAUUUCACAUAGGUGCGGAAUUCUAUGUAACACUGUGAAAUGUAAUCUUAACUGCCCUCAAGUACCUUAUUAAACUCUUCCUCUGAACCAAGUGUACAUUUAA